GUCCUCCUGUCCUAGGAGUUAGCAGUAAAGCGAUUAUUUUGGGGGGAAGAUCCUGGCUAACAACAUUCUUACUGCGCUGUCAUGCUUCACGGGGAUCUUCUGAACUCUUAAAACCGCCUGACGACGUUUCUUCAUUCUGUGAAGAUGCAGUUCCGCACCGUCCUGGAUGUAAAUGUUGUGGACGUGCAGAAGAGAAGGAGUCCAUCCAAACACUAUGUGUACCUAAUCGACGUCACAUAUUCAGACACCACAUCCCAUGUCAUAUACCGGAGAUACAGCAAAUUCUUUGACUUACAGAUGAGAAUUCUUGACAAAUUCCCAAUUGAGGGAGGACAGAAAGACCCAAAAAAGAGGAUAAUCCCCUUUUUGCCAGGGAAAGUCUUGUUUCGCCGCAGUCACAUCAGAGAUGUUGCCGUCAGAAGACUGAAGCACCUGGAUAAUUACUGCAACGCUCUGAUGAAGCUUCCCUCCCACAUUUCCCAAAGUGAGGAGGUUCUUCAGUUCUUUGAAACAAAGUCAGAGGAUCUAAACCCCCCCACAGAAGACUGCGGAAGCUCUGGCAAACGAAAAUCAGGUCUGGAUGCAUCGGAUCCUAUGCUUCUCGAGCAGUAUGUGGUGGUGGCUAAUUACGAGAAACAAGAGCCUGCAGAAAUCAGCCUGCAAGCAGGGGAGGUCGUGGACGUCAUUGAAAAGAGUGAGAGUGGUUGGUGGUUCGUCAGCACCGCAGAGGAACAGGGUUGGGUCCCCGCCACUUAUCUCAACUCCCACAGUGGCACUAGGGACGACUUGGAGUUGGGUGCCACCAAAGCAGGGGAAGUUACUAAGCGACAUAAGGCUCACUUGAAGAGGCUCGACCGGAGAUGGACGUUGGGAGGCAUCAUCAGCCGCCAGCAGAGCCGAGAAGAGAAGUACAUAACGCUGCAGCCAUACUCCAGUCAGGGCAAAGACGAAAUAGCUUUUGAAAAAGGAGAAAUUGUGGAGGUGAUACAGAAAAAUCUGGAAGGUUGGUGGUUCAUUAGGUACCAGGAGAAGGAGGGCUGGGCUCCAGCCUCUUAUCUCAAGAAGGUAAAAGAUGAUUUCUCUCCUCGUAAGAAGACUGCAGCGGGCCCGGUGGAAAUAAUCGGAAACAUCAUGGAGAUCAGCAACUUGCUAAACAAGAAGGCUUUGAGUGAAAAGGACGUGCAGACUGAAGGUGUCCCGGAGAGUCCUCAGGUUGUCAGGAAGGAGAUCAGUUUGCCAAUCCCGUGUGGUGACUCCAGCCCGGGGAAUGGCUCGCAGGACGGGAAAAGCAAAGCAGAGCCCAGCUCACCUGCUGUAGCUCGUAUUGCCCCACAUCGAGUGGAAAUCGGUUCUCCUGUCCUCAGGCAGAAACCUCCACCUCGUAGAGAUGCAACACUGGGGUUUCAGCUGCCCUCCCCUCCUGAGCCCCCAUCAGUUGAAGCAGAGUAUUACACCAUCGCAGAGUUCCAGUCACGUAUUUCCGAUGGCAUCAGUUUCAAUGGAGGACAAAAGGCAGAGGUUAUUGAGAAAAAUUCUGGUGGAUGGUGGUACGUCCAGAUAGGCGAGAGAGAAGGCUGGGCUCCAUGCUCCUACAUUGACAAACGCAAAAAACCUAACUUGAAUAGACGAACAAGCACUCUGUGCCGCCCAAAGGUUCCUCCUCCAGCUCCACCUGUCAAAAAGCAGGAUUCAGUGGAAGCAGUGCCUCCCAGCAGCCCCGGAUCUGAGGCCCCAGAGUACCCUGUGCCCCCUGGGAGACCAGUGUACGAAGAACCAGAAUACGACGUUCCAGCCAUUGGUGAUCUAGACCUUGAAUCUGAAUUUGAAUUUCUGAGGGGAGAAGCUUCCCUGGUGGAUGGAAAGAAUGAGGACACCUGGUCUGAGAGAGGUUCUCAUCUGUCCUCCAAGCCUUCUCCAGCCUCAUCACUCCACAGCGCAUCCUCUAAAAUGGGGGAGUCAUUUGAGGAGUGCCAGGAAGCAGAGGCAGACGAGGAGUGCAUCUAUGAAAACGAUGGGUUCCGGCCUUUCAAGGAGACUCCAGACAGGCAGUGCAGCAGAGACUCAAACUCAUCCAAGACAAGCGUCUCGUCCGAAACUGGCAAGACUACAAACCCGAUAUCUGGUGGACGGAGACCUACAGGCAACAAACUCAAGGCCGACAUGAAUGGUAGCCUGUUUUCAGUCAAACCGGACGAAGUAUCCAGUCCAAAAUCGGCCUGCACCGAGUCCAUGCCAGACCUGUCCACUCCCAAGAAAGAUCAAGAGGAUAGCAAGACAUCCUCUUCCAACAAGUCCUCAUCCAAGUUAAGACCAGUGGUGAGGCCCAAACCGCAGCUGGCAAAAGCCUCCAGUGCAGAGAAGAUGGACAUCAGCACUUUGAGAAGACAGCUGCGACCAACAGGCCAACUGAAGAAUGGAACCAAAGGCAAAGGAGAAGACUCUGAGACAGCUUCUGUGAUUUCCUCAGAAGACUCCUUCUCCUCUCAGAGCACCUCUGAUCUCUCGUCCACCUACUCCAAAGGCAGCCGGGGAGACUCAGAUCUAGAGGUCAGCAACUUGUAUCGCACCACAGAUCCCUAUGUGAAAGUUCAGGAUACUGAGCUCAGCUUCCCUGCUGGGGUGGAAGUGGAGGUGCUCGAGAAGCAAGAAAGUGGCUGGUGGUACAUACGUUGGGGAGAUGCGGAGGGCUGGGCUCCAACUUAUUAUCUGGAGCCGGCCAAGCAACAAGAAGAUGCAGCAGACGCAGAAUCUGAUGGCACCUCUAAAAAAACGGGAAAUUUAAGCAAGUCCAACAGUCUGGAAAAGAAUGAACAAAGGGUGCGGGUGUUAAAUAACAUCAACCAAAAUCUUUGGAAGGUCACUCCACCAAUCCCCUCAAAGCCUCCAGGCGGCCUCUCCAAACCCUCCAGUCUGUUCAGUUCCUUGAAGCAGAGUGGCACCAAACAGCAGCAGGUUGUCAGACCUCAGUCUGUCUUUAUCUCCCCCCCAAUCCGAGAUGGUCCAAGCCCUGUUGGCUCCCUCAGGAGAAAUGAGUCCCUCAACUCAACGGACCACCCGCGGGCCAGCCCCACCGUGCGGCGCAAUGCCUCCUUUGGUACUCUGUCUCCCAGUCUGGCACCAAACAACAUAACCCUCCCCAACAGGAAGAAAUCUGGUUCCAGUAGCUCUGACUUUCUCGGUCCCGGCGCCCAGAAGAACACCCUUCCUGUAUCCACCGUGAAACCCAAGCCCCACAUCAUCCACAACAACCUCAAAGAGGUGUACAUCUCCAUAGCAGAUUACCUUGGUGACGAGGAGACCAUGGGAUUUCCAGAGGGAACGAAUCUGGAGGUGCUUGAAAAAAACCCCAACGGCUGGUGGUACUGCAAGGUUCUGGACAAUGGGCGACCGAGGAAAGGAUGGGUCCCGUCAAAUUACCUCGAGAAAAAGCACUAGCACUCAUGCCUGUGGCCGUCCUCUAGACAUGCAUGCAAAGACUACUCUAUCAGAUGAUUUUGAACAAGGCAAGCUUGGUAUUCUCAAAAAAAUUAACAAAGUUUUUCUGACAAGCAGACAUAUAAAAAUAAAGACUUCUGGUAAAAUUAGUCUGCAUCGUUUAAAACUCCAAACAUUGGUGGCCAAAACCAAAGAGAACACCAAAACGAUUGAAAAAUACAGUAUUCUGCAACAAUUACCUUUAACUUGAAAGAAAUCCUUCCUUUUUGAACCAUUUUCUGCUCAUUUAUUGUGCCAUUAGACUUUUUAUAGCUUGCUGCAUGUCCAAAUUGACUGAUUAUAUCGACAAAUCUGUUGAAAUUAACCUUUUCUCCUCUUUUUCCUAAAACAAAAAGGUCUUGUUGCCAAAGCUGCUUAGUGUUAGUCUCAUUUUGGUGCUGCAUGUUUUUUUUAAAUACAUAUCUUUAUACUGUUAUCAUCUUUGGGUAGAUGUAUUAUAGCCAUGUCAUUUUGUAAUUUUUUCCAAAUGAAACAAAUUGUGAGCAUCGGAUUAACCAGUAUUUUGUUGCACCUACAGAAAUAUUUGUGCUCGCCUCCCUUUUUUUUCUUUUCAUUUUUUAAAAUGUAUUAUAAAUUUUAUAUUUUACAAACAUUCAAAGUUCCCUUAUGGCAGUCAAAAAUAAUAUUUAUUAAUUGCUUAAAUUCAAAAACACACUUCUUUAACAGUGCUACUCCGAAACACAAUUAUGUAAGAAAAUUUCUGCUGGGCAGUAAAUUUGACACGACGCUUAUUUUGGGAUGCUCACUUUUGUUUAAUGUUAACUGUGUGACCAGUUAAAAAACUGAAGUGCCAAAAGAAUGACUUAAAUAAAUGCACUUUGAAAGAAUCGAA